GGUGAGAAAUACACCUAUCGAGAGGGGUAGCUCCGAGAUCUCGAAGAAUUUUUUUCCUCUUCCAGCCCCAUUUCCACGUAUACAUCCCUACCGCACGUCUAGCCUGUUUCUCUUCUCGAGACUCGGUUGUAAACGGCCUUUCUUGUCUUCGUGUAACGACCGAACGCCGCCGCAUUCGUAGUCACAAUAUCCAUUAUCACGGAUCCGAACGUUUUUAUUUUAAUUUUCAAAGUUAAACAAUCACCUCGUGACAUUGAAUCCUCUUAGUUGCGAGUUUUAUACAUACAUUAUGCUAGAUAUAAAAAUAAACGAUGAGAAACGGAACAAAAUAAAAACAGUGAACUGUGGCCAGUGUUGUGUUCUUUCUCCUCAAUUCUGCGACCGCGGUCCCGAUUCGUUGUAAACAACAAUUGAGUGCAUAGUGCUUCGUGGAAAAGUGUACAAAGGAAAGGGGAAAAAGAGUGGCAUGGAGGAAUGUCCGCGUUCCUUGAGGGUUGAUUAUAAACUCGGUUUUCUCGCAUGCACUCGUCGCAAUCGUCUCUUAAAGCUUUCGGCGAAAAGUUUAUUUGAAAUAAUUUCGAUUUUUUUAAAACUCGAAUAAAUAACAGUGAGACAAAGUGAUGAAUGGAAAAAAUGAUUAAUUGAACGUGUUCCAGUGACGAAAGUCGUAAACAUUUCACGAGUUUUUCGGAGUGAUGUUAAUAAAUUUGGAAAGUCCUGAAAGCGUUGAUGGAAAAGCUGCAAAUGGUGGUGACAACGAUUUCGCAUUGCCCGAAAAGGACUAAUGGAAAAGAAAGACGGUUUUCGCGCGACAUUUUCGGGCAAUUUGUGAAUCAACGAAAAAUCGUGUGACACCAAACCCCUCGAUACAUCCCGAUUCCAUACGCAUAUAUUCGUGCAACUCAACUUCUCCGAAUAAUUCGCCAAAUUUUUCAACGUCAGCGACGACUUACAAUUAGAAACGAAUACGAACGCGACUAGCAUAAAGGAAUUAAAUUUGGUGGUAUGGCGAUCGAAAUAAUCAACGGAAUUACGGCGAGACCCGUCCUCGCUGGAUUUUAUCUCGUUGUUGGUGUCGCGAUCAUGAGUUAUGCCAACGCCAACGAAAACUGGGAUCGAGACGACGAUCCAAUUUCGACAACCGAAGUGAAUGCAGUCCUCGGGCAAUCGGCGUCCCUGCCAUGUGAUAUCGAACCGUCCUCGAGGGGUGAGACCCUCUACAUGGUUUUAUGGUUCCGCGAUCACUUGAUCAAGCCGAUUUACAGCUUCGAUGUACGUGGUAGACCGUUCCAACAAGCCCUCAACUGGUCCGACGACUCGGUCGCCCCUCGAGCCCACUUUAAGACGUCACCUAAGCGGGCGGCUCUUUACCUCGAGGGUGUUCAACUCAGUGACGAGGGUGUAUACAGGUGUCGUGUGGAUUUUCGAAAUUCACCCACGCGAAACUUUCAAGUCAAUCUCACUGUGAUUCAUCCACCACAUCAGCUACUCAUAUUGGACAGUUCCGGCCACAAAGUAGAUAAAGUCGUUGGACCAUAUCUGGUCGGUGCGGAUUUCAGACUAUCGUGCGAAGUCAGAGGUGGAAAACCACCUCCCACAAUCACGUGGUACGUUAACAAAGAAAAGGUGAGAGGCGUUGAGUACGUCGAAUCGAAUGUUGUUGUGAGCGAAUUGAGCGUGUCACAUCUGAAAAGGGAGCACCUUAACACGACAUACAAAUGUCAAGCAGCCAACACCGACCUCGUGCCACCUUUAGAAAAAUCCGUCGUACUUGACGUGCAUCUUGAACCGGUGAGCGUCAAAAUACUACACAAGCCGGUAAUACUCGAGGCGGAAAAAACCUACGAACUAAGCUGCGAAGUAAUAGGUUCGCAUCCUCGUGCUGAAGUACUUUGGCUCGAAGGUGAAACUCCGUUUGGCCAGGGGAUUACGAGGGAUGGUGAAAAUUCGAGCGUUGUUUUAAGCACUCUGAAAUUUUCACCUACGAACGAGGACAACGGAAAAAACCUCAAAUGCCGAGGGCUCAAUAGAGCUAUUCCUAAGGCAUUUCAAGAAGAUCUCUAUCACCUCAACGUUGUCUUUCCUCCCAAAGUACAACUGCAUCUGGGAAGCACGUUGAAUCCCGAAAACAUAAAGGAAGGGGACGACGUGUAUUUCGAGUGCAAAGUCCUGGCGAAUCCUGCACAUCAUAAAAUCACAUGGCGACACAACGGACACAUAUUGGCGCACAAUAGGACGGCGGGUGUUAUAAUGAGUACUCAAAGUUUGGUGCUACAGAAAAUAAAACGUGACAACGGUGGUAAUUAUACUUGCUUGGCGAGCAACGAUCGUGGAGAGACAACAAGCUUAAUAGAAAAUCUCCGAGUUCAAUUCUCGCCAGUGUGUAAAACGAAAGAAAUAAUGACGAUCGGAGCGUCUCUCGAUGAAUCAGUCAAGGUACGAUGCGAAGUCGAAGCUGAUCCGAGCGAAGUUGAUUUUUUUUGGGACUUCAACUACAGUGGAGAAAAUUUUGAAAUAACCCCCGUCAAGUCAGACGAUAAUAAUGGCACGACGAGUGAAAUCAUCCACACGCCAGUGAACGAGCGAGAUUAUGGGACUUUGACUUGUUGGGGUCGAAAUUUGAUUGGGAAACAGGAAGCUCCGUGUAUUUAUAGAAUCAUUCCUGCAGUCAAACCGAGUCCCCUGAGCAAUUGCACGAUAAAAGCGUCGGUGAACCAAAGUUCUGAGAUUCUCGAGGUGGAAUGCGUUGCUGGUUACGACGGUGGCCUGAAGCAGGAUUUUCGUCUGGAGGCUUACGACGUUAGGACAAACAGUCUGCGCGUUAAUGUCUCGAGCAUUAGCACCGAAUCGCCUCUUUUUCGCAUACCCGUUGGCGAACUUUUGCCAGCCACCCAUUUUUAUCUCACUGCUUAUGCGGUCAAUGCCAAAGGAAAGAGCGAAGUCGCACUUCUCGAGGAUAUCAUACUUAGAGAUUCGGGAAAACCGGCCGAAAGUGGUGUCAGCAUGAUACCGUUGAUAUUAUUGCUCAUCGGUUGUCUCAUCGCUCUGGGAAUAACGGUGCUUUCGGUGAUGCUGAUGAUGUACAGACGACGUGGAACAACAUCGCCGGUUCACGUCGAACCGUACAUGAAACAACCGAUCAUAAGUCCUCCGGAUUCGAGAAACAACUCGAUGCUCGAUGUCACACACGGUGAUCAUACUUAUUUCGUAGAGUAUACACUCAAACAAGUCGCUGAUUAUGCACUGAAUAAUCAACCUGACAUCAUACAAUCGCCACAAGACCAAGAGAAAAUAAAGAGGGAGCCACAGCUCUUUUUACCGGUCAGACCGGAUACUCUCUUCGCCCCAUAUGACAUUCACAAACAAGGCCUUCAGACUAACAGAUGUAGCUUAAAUCCGUUCUCUGCAAAAUCGUGGGAGCCAAUAAGUUUCAAGGCCGAUCGGAAUCUGAUGAAAGAGAUAAUAAUAGCGAACUCGAUACCAGGCCCGGAGAGUUGCGUUUAAGAAGGAGGCGCAAAUCUCAAAGAAAAUAUCAACGAAUCUGAGGAGGAGUGACAUAUCAGAAUAGCUGAGAAAUCGAAAUGUGUGUGUGAAAACGGGAAAGAGAGAAAACACGUGUCGGACACACGUACGAAAAAUCGGCUCCAAGCCACAAACGGAUGAAAAAGCCGGUCGCCUGAAACGUAGAAACGUAUUCGACUGAAUCCGCGGUAUAAAAAGAAAGAAGAGUCGACGAAACUGAUGAAAAAGAUUCAUGCGAAACGUCCUCGUUACCCAGGGAUGUUAAAUGAGUGAAAAUAAGGCAAAAGAUAAAUGCUGGGAGAUCGCAAUUAUUCGAUUUUGCAAAUUUCGUAACGAAUAUUAAUUGCGAUCUUUUCUCGCAACGAUGUAACUCUAAUACUCGAACGAAACGCCACGCACGGUGUAUUAUUCCAAGUUUAAUAUAUUUUGUGUCAAGUCUUGAAA